GCAAGAAGCGGAGGAUGCAGAAAAAGCUCCGCCAAACAACAGUGCAGCUGCUCGGCGGCUUGUGAGGCUCCACACGGCAGCGCGGCGCUUGUUGCGGAUUACACCAUGAUUGCCACAACUCAACAAAACAUGACCACGGAUUUGGACCUGGGGAGUUCAGACGGUCCGCCGAGGAACUGGAAAGGCAUCGGGAUCGCCAUGGUGGUGAUCCUGGCCGUCAUGUCCCUGGUCAUCCUCUCCGUCGUCAUCCUCACGCCCGACGAGUCUCACUUGUUGCUCCACUCCCAUGUGACCAUGGAGGAUCUGGAGAGUGAAGAGUUCAAAGUUCACGAUCCCUGUGCGGCGUGGUUGAACGAGAACGAAGUGGUGCUGCGCACCAGAGAGGGACAUGUCCUGACAUUCACCCUCAGCAGCAACCUGACCGCAACGCUGCUGGACAACAGCUCUCUGGACCUGACCUCAUCUAAAUUCCAGGUGUCUGCAGACAAGAGGUUUGUCCUCUUGGCGUACAACAUCCAACCGGUGUUUUCUCAGUCCUUCACAGCCUCCUAUGCUAUCUACAGUGUGGCUAAUGGGAAUCUGCUGGAGCUUAGCCCUCCCGAGAGGGAGAUGACAGAGUUGCAGUACGCUUCUUGGGGACCCCAGGGUAAUCAGCUGGCCUUUGUGUUUGACGGAGACAUCUACUACAAGCCCAGCGUGACGGGCGACUCGCUGCGUCUCACGUCCACUGACGAGGACCAGAAGGUUCUGAACGGACUCUCUGACUGGACCUACGAAGAGGAGGUGCUUCUGACAUAUGCUGCCCACUGGUGGUCAAUGGAUGGUGCCCGACUUGCGUAUCUCCGCAUCAACAACUCCGUGACGCCUGUGAUGGAAAUACCUCACUUCCUAGGAGGCCUCUAUCCUUCCAAUAUGAUAUUUCCGUACCCAAAGGCUGGUUCCAGUAUCCCAUCAGUCAGUCUGUUUGUAGUGAACCUUUACGGUCCAGCUCACACUCUGGAGAUGCUGCCUCCCGACUCCCUCAGGUCCAGGGAAAACUACAUCUCCAUGGUGAGCUGGAUCAGCAGCACCCGGCUCGCGGUUCGCUGGCUGAACCGUGCCCAGAACCAAUCAGUGCUCUGCGUGUGCGAGGCCACCACGGGGGCAUGCUCAGAGAAACAUAAAAUGGCCAUGGACAUGAUGCAGAACCAGCGACAGGACUUGCCUUUGUUUACGUCAGACGGCUCCAUGUUCUAUACGAUACUUCCAGCAAAGCAAGGCGCUCGUGGAGAGUUUCACCACAUUGCUGGUCUGACAGUUCAGCCUGCCAUCCCCUCUGUCCCGCCUCGCUUCUUGACAUCAGGGAGCUGGGAUGUCACCUUGCUCUGCGCCUUAGACGAGAAGGCUGGAAAGAUCUACUUUCUGAGCACAGAAGUAUCGAGAGAGAGCAGACACCUUUACAGUGUGGAUUUGAAUGGAGCGUUUCAGCGUCAUUGCAUCUCCUGCGGCCUCGUCGACGGAUGCGGAUUCUUCAAAGCCGUUUUCAGCCCAAAUCGAACCCACUUCAUCCUCUACUGCCUGGGCCCAGGAAUCCCUAAAGUCACAGUACACAGUAUGAAGGACCCAACCAGUUAUGUUGUCUUGGAGGAUAACAACUUGCUGUCUGCAGCUCUGGAGGACAAGAGGCUCCCUGAGAGUCUGUUCAGGACAGUCCAAGCAGACAACCACGAUCUGCACCUGAAGAUGACGCUGCCUCUGGGCUACGAGGCCAACCUGCUCCCGCUCCUCAUUAUUGUCGACGGCACGCCCGGCAGCCAGACUGUGACGGAGGAGUUUUCUCUCGGCUGGCCUCAGGUCCUCUGCAGCACUCACGGCGUGGCUUUGGCCUGGGUGGACGGCCGCAGCGGCGUCGGCCGUGGCCAGAAGACCGUCGCCGUUGACCCCCGGAAACUCGGCUCACUGAGAGUCAAAGACUAUCUUGGAGUUGUAGAGUUGUUAAUGCAGCUUCCUUACGUUGACGAUCGGAGAAUAGCCCUAUAUGGAAAGGCACUCGGAGGUUAUUUAGUGCUCAAAAUGUUAGCUGCAACCGACAAUCUCUUUCAAUGCUCUGCAGCUGUAGCACCAAUAACAGAUUUCAGGCUUUACAGUGCAGCUUUUUCUGAAAGGUAUCUUGGGUUUCCAGCAAAGGAGGAGCAUGCUUAUACGACUGCAUCUGUCCUUGAAGAAGUCAACAAACUAAAAGAGGAGAACUUCCUCAUUGUGCACGGAACUGCAGAUGCGAGGAUCCACUUCCAGCACAGUGCUGAGCUACUAAGCCGCUUGGUGAAGGUGGAGGCCAACUACUCCCUGCAGCUGUACCCAGAUGAGGGCCACGUCCUGAGAGAGCCCCGCAGUGUCAGACAUUUCCAGCGGACUGUAGUGAACUACCUCCAAAACUGCCUGAAACACAGCGCCCGUCCAGACGCCCCAGAGGAAGAAGAAGAGGAAGACGACUGAGCCCAGGGGCCUUCGUCUCUUCCUCCGGAAGGACUCAUGUUGAGGACUGGAUGCAUCGUUAUGCAUUUCAUUGGGUCAGGUCACCAGGAAUUAGAGCAGAGGAGUGGGGACCAAAAGCAUCAGAUCACCUUCUGGAAAAAAUGUUGUACUGUACGACAUGAUGUUGCACACAAUUAGUUCAGCCGUUUUGUUGUAUGUUUUGAGGAAGAGUUUGUUUACAAAAUUCACUUGAGACGAUGUGGAGGAGACUGCCACUGACUCAAAACGUUUACAAAGAUUAUAAAGCAUGCAUGUCAUAACGGCUGCAUGAUGCUGAUUAUUGUAUAUUGAGCCUUUUUUUUCAAAGACUUUUGUUUUUGUCUUCAUAAUUUACAGAUGAGGUCUCUAUUUAGGUCAGAUUUUGAGAUCCGCUGUGCUUCAACUUUUAGAUGCAUUCUUGCUUCAGCACUCCUCAAUCAGGACCUUUUAUGCAAAAUUUACUUUUUGCACGAUUUGGUCUUUUAUCUGGGUCUCUCCUGCUUCAAAAACAGCAAAAAAUAAACCCAUCCAAACGUUUUCCAGCAAUAAGCAAAUUUUUUUUUGGUGUUUGGAAAACAAGGCGUUUCAAAAACGUUCUGGUUAUGACAUCACAGUUGACGGUACUGCCCUGUUAUUUAGCAACGAAAGGGGAUAUGCACUCACUUCGUUAUCAGACAAUGAAAAUCUUCAGUCAGCUGGUUUCACUCCUGAAUGCUCUCUGCAAUGGCUACUGGAAAAGACAAGAGUAUUGUUGAAAUUGCAUGUUUUCACUUGUAUAAAGUGCAAGUCUAAAUAUUGGGGGCGUGGCCAGCAGCAGUUAAUUUGCAUAAAAGUGACAGAGCCAUAAAACAACACAUUUUGCAUGGAGCUCAAAAUAGGCAGAACUGAGCAGGUGAAAUCUCACUCAGAAUAAUUUUAUGCAAAAAAAAAUGUAAAGAACAUUUUUUGCACAAUUUAGCUACUUUACUUUGAAAGGAAGCAGAAUAAGUCCCCUUUAAAUUACUGCCUCGCUGUGAAAUCAAGUUCUGCAGAGGUCCAGUGAUGAGGCCCAGUACUGAAACUCGUAUGCAUCUAAAAGUUGCCAGUCAAUAACUCUGGAAGAGUUGGCUUAGAGUGUGCCAAACCUGCUGAGUGAGUGCUGUUGAAGGUAGAAACUGACUGCAUAAAAGAAACAUCUUGACACAAAACUAAAUAUUUGGGAUGGUUACUAGAUAAAUGAAUGCAAAUCCAAAACUUUAGAAAAAGCAUAAUUGGUACUUAGGUGCUAGCCUGCUGAUAGUCAGGAAGGACACUGGUCUGUUUAUAACCUGCAUGAUCUCAGAUUACAGUCUGAGUUAUGGUUGCAUCCCUAUGGAUUAGAUUGUUAUCAAAAAGUAAUUUCAGUGAUUCAAUUCAAAAAGUGAAACUCACACAGAUUUACUGCAGAUUUUGGGCUUUGUUAAACAUUGUGGAUUAACACCCAUAGUUGUCAUGACUCACACCAGUAAUUCUUUUUUCUAGAACAGUUUUUCCUUCCACUCAAUUUUUAAAUGACAUGUUUGGAUACAACACUGUGAACAGCCACCUUGUUUAGCAUUGACCUUUGGUGACUUACACUCCUUGAGGAGGAACUUAAUGAAAAUCUACUGGACAUCUGUCAAUGUAUGUAUUACAUGUGAUUAUAGAGACAAUGACGUGAUUUUUACAUAAAUUAAUGUUUUAAAAAUCAUUUUUUACUGGUCUCACGUUGCAGUCUUGAGAUUUGCAUUAUCUGUAAACCACAAUUACCUUAAUAAACAGAGAUUAGAUGUUGAAAUAAAUCACUGUGUAUAGUGAAUCGAUACAAAGUAUGAGUUUCACCUUUUUCAUUUGAAUAACUGAAAUAAAUCAACUAUAUUCUAAUUUAUCGAGAUACACAUUUUCUUUUUCAAUUUUUACAGUCUGUCGCUGAAUCAAAAAGUGUUGCAUUAAGAAUAAAGACCAUUCUAAAUGUGCCAAAUAUAUUUUACAGAUGUUGUCUUCUGGUUUUGUUUGCAUUGUGUGAAUAACAAUGAAUAUGCAACAGAGACUAUUUAUUUAUACCAGGCUCCAGUUCAAAAGUGAGUGUAAGUUACAAGAAUGUUUACGUGUCUGUGCACUGUAUCUAAAAGUAUUAUUUCUGUUUUGAUACAUUGUGGCAUUUUAACCAUCUAUUGUGUAAUGCAGGAUUAAAUUAUUUCUUUGGAAAAAGUGUUCAGGCUUUAUGUCAAAACUUUGAUCCAACUACCAGGAGUGCAUGUUGACAAGAACUCAGAUGAAUCCAGAACAUCAACAACUCCAUUUUCACUCUAAAAUAGAGCUGGACAUUUUGGUCUUGAAUCGUUAAAAAUAUUUCUUGAUUGUUGUUAUGCUGGUAGUCUCAUUGAACCAUUGAUGGGAUGAAUAUUGAGAA